CUGAUGAAUAUACAAUACGUAGAAAAUAAAUUAGUGAUGCAAACAGUAUAUGAGACUAUAUGGAUUUUAAGCAAGAUUGUGGCAAAAGAUAAAAAUUUUACUACUGAAGUAAAAUCUUUGAAUGCAACAGAAAUGUUUCUUAGUAUUUUGAAAUUGUAUUAUAAUAAAAAUAAAAUAUUAUUUCCUAGUCUAACAAUAAUAAAAUAUUUGACGAAAAAUGAAAUAUGUUGUACAAUAUUAGUGAAAGCUGGCAUAGUACAAGAAAUACUGAAAAUAUUUACCAAUUGGAAGGGAUUGAAUAGUCAAUUACAUUUAAAAUUAAGUAAAAAUGUUAUUAUUACCAUACAACAUCUUAUUAAACAAGAAACUGGUAGAAAAUCUAUAAAUUCUGAAAAUGGAUUACAAUUAUUGUAUCGAUUUUGUAUCAAUUUUCCCGAAGAUAAAGUUUACGAUUCAUUAUUGUUACGUGUUUACAAAAUUAUAAAUCAAUGCCUUAACAAAAUUAAGUUGCCUGUACCUGAAAUAUCACCAAUGAAAUUUAUGUUCCAAGAUCAUUUUCUUACAAAAUUAGAACAUGUGCAAGAUAUAUGUAAUUCCCAUACAAAGCAAGUAUGUCGAGAAAAAUUACUGGCUUGCAUAAACAGAGUUAUACAGCCAAUCACUAUGUACAAAACUGUUUAUGAUUUGGAUGCUUUAAUCUCGAAUUUAACAAGAUGGAAUCAUUCUAAUAAAUUACUCAAAAAUUAUGAUAAAGUAAAAAUAAAGAAGCUAAAUAAAGAUAAUACGCAUCUGCAUUUCGAAAGUAGAUUUGAAAGUGGAAAUCUUCGCAAAGCUAUUCAAAUUGGUCCAAGAGAAUAUGAGCUAAUUUUAACACCUGAUGUAAAUAGCAGCUCGCAACAUCAAUGGUUUUAUUUUAGAAUUUCAAACAUGGAAGCCGGACAUUUAUAUACUUUUAAUAUUAUCAAUUGUGAGAAAUCAAAUUCUCAGUUUAAUUUUGGAAUGCAACCAAUUUUAUUUAGUGUCAUUGAAGCAUUAAAUGGACGUACUGGCUGGGUCAGAAAAGGAAAAGACAUUUGUUACUAUCAAAAUUAUUAUUAUAAACCUAAUAGUAGAGAAAAUUAUUUUACAAUAUCUUUUAGUCUUAUUUUUCCUCAUUCAUAUGACAUUUGUUAUCUAGCGUAUCAUUUUCCUUAUACCUAUAGUCAACUUAUAACAAGUAUUUGGAAGUGGUUACAUACUGUCGAUAGUACAUUGAUUUAUUUUCGUGCAGAUAAACUUUGCGAUACUCUUAAUGGUAACGAAAAUCCACUUCUUACUAUUACAUCUCCUGAUUCAUUUAAAAAUCCUAUACAUAAAAGGAAAGUUAUUUUUCUUACUUCAAGAGUUCACCCUGGUGAAAGUAAUGCAUCAUGGAUUAUGCAUGGAACAUUAGAAUUCUUACUAGGAAAUUCUAUUUAUGUGUCUAGUUUAAGAGAUGAUUAUGUUUUUAAAAUUAUUCCUAUGCUUAACAUUGAAGGAGUUAUAAACGGAUGUAAUCGAUACGGUCUAACAAAAGAAGAUUUAAAUCGCUGUUGGAGUAGCCCAAAACGAUAUCGACAUCCAACAAUUUACCACACAAAAAAUUUACUUGAAUAUUGCAAUCGAAUUUUAAUGAUUUCACCAUUCAUUUUUGUAGAUUAUCAUGGACAUUCUCGUAGAAAGAACGUAUUUCUUUUUGGUUGUUCAAAUUCCGAAUCUUGGAACUCUGUUGAUCAAAAAUUAUCAAACGAAUCUUUUCAAUAUAUGAUAUUGCCACAUCUUAUGCGAAAGAAUUCACCAGUUUUUGCACUAUCGUUAUGUUCUUUUAAAGUAGAAAAAAAAAAAGAAUCGACAGCAAGAGUUGCUAUUUGGCGUGAAUUUGGUGUUGUCAGGAGUUAUACAUUGGAAAGUAGUUUUUGUGGUUGCGAUCAAGGACCUCUGGCUGGCUAUCAUCUUAAUAUAAAACAUUUACAAGAUGUUGGUCAAGAUUUUUGUAAAACUUUGGGAUUGUUGAAAUACCCAGAAGAGCUUGAAAACAUCGAUAAAUCUAAGAUAUACGACUGCUGCCCUUUACAAUGUAUGAAAAAAUCAAGUAUUUUUCGCAAUUGUAUUCAAGAUAGACAUGCAAAACAACAUAUUUUAGAUUUUUUCUAACCUCAUAUAUG